CAAGACGCGACGCGCGAGAUGCUGAUGCCGAGCGACGCAGCGGCAGCGCCGGCGCUGGGCAACUUUUAUUUCGGUCCCGUUGGACUGCGCCCGGUCUUUGAACCCGCUUACUUGGCCGAGGCUUCUUCUCAGCUGAAAUCAAGAUCGAAGCCCAACUCGAAAUUGGAUCUGACGCUGGACGUGAAGCCAAGAUCGAGGCACGUACCCGUCAAAGGCAAGAACGUCGAAGUGAUCGAUGUCGAUAGUAAUAGUAACGAUCACAGGCUUGUCCAGGACGAUUCAAAGCUUCGCGAUGACGACGACGACGACGCUGAUUCGGAAUCCGAGCCCACGACCGCAGAGCCGAAAAAGGACGGGAAAAAGCACCACGCGGACAAGAAGAACAAGAAGCCCAACAGAUUGGACUCUGCGCUCGAGCACCUGUGCCCGAAAUUGCGAGUCUCGAUAGUCCUAGCGAUACUCGGCACGAUAGUGCUGGUGGCCUGCUGCUGCGCCUUGUUUUUGCGCAACCGCAUCGUCAAGUGUUUGAAGAAAUGUUGCCCGAGGCGCAAAAAGAAGGACUCGAACAAAGACCUGUUCGACGUCGAGGAUGGCGGUUACCCGUAUCAAUCGUCGCGCAAGUCGUCCUUCAAAAAGUCGAGCAAGAAGAAAAAGGGGAAUCCCCGGAUGAUCGACACGGGCACGCAGGACAGCCGCACGUCCGUGGCGAAGCCGCAAGAGGAAGCGGCCGAAACUGUCGGUUGUUCACCUUGCUGCCGGAAGAAAAAGAAGAAGAAGAGCGACAAGAAACGCCGGAAAUAGAUUAUUUUCUUUCUAUAGCUCUAUACACAGACAGCUCUUUCGAAUAAACGACUUUGCACAUUCAA